AUGGAGAUUGGUGGGAUGGUACGCGUCGAUGCCAUAUGCUCCGAUGGAGAGGGCACGUAUGUGCGCGUCGAUAAGGCCGAGGUGAAGAAUACGGCGAUCAAGGGGACAUACUUGUGGCUUGCGAUGGCAAAUGAGGCUGCGCGGGAAUAUCCGGAGCAGGAGUGGGAUAUAGACCUCUUUGAGGAGUAUACGGAGACGGUGCACAAUGGGAUGGUGGCUAUUAAGACGAGAUGUGGUGAGGAAUUGGGGGAGAUGGAGGAGGAGUUGGAGGACUCCAUGAGUGAGUCUGAUGAUGAGUGA